GGCCCCGUGCCCCUCUGCCUCGCCUGCAGAAAACGGCGCAAACGGUGCCUGCGCCACGCCAUGUGCUGCCCGGGGAACGCCUGCAGCAACGGAAUCUGCGUCCCAUCAGAUCACGAUCACUUCCAUCAGCCGGAAAUUGAGGAGACAGUUGUUGAAAGUUUCACUCAUGACCACGGCACCUUGGAUAUCCAUUCCAAAAGGACCACUUUGUCUUCAAAGAUGUAUCACUCCAAAGGCCAAGAGAGUUCGGUCUGCCUCCGAUCGUCUGAUUGUGCUGCCGGUCUCUGUUGUGCUCGCCAUUUUUGGUCCAAGAUCUGUAAACCGGUCCUUAAAGAGGGUCAGGUGUGCACUAAACACAGAAGAAAAGGUUCACAUGGGCUGGAAAUCUUCCAGCGCUGUUACUGCGGAGAAGGCCUGUCCUGCCGAAUACAGAAAGAUCAUCAUCUAGCCAGCAAUUCUUCUCGACUUCACACUUGCCAGAGACAGUGAACACCUUGGGUGUGCCUUAGCAAAAUGGACUCCUUUUACAUAAUACACGCUGCGGGGACGUUUUGUGACACUUUUUUUUUUUUUGGCAGUCCAUCCUUAAGGAAAUACAAAUGUCAGUGUUUACAACUGAGCACUCCCAAGAUGAUGCCCUUUCUAAAGUCUGGAGUGUGGUUGCAUCUUUCGUUUCUUUACGGAACUACCCAGUGACUUUUUGCAGUAAAUUACUGUGUUGUAAAUAUACAGUGUGGCACUUAUUUGUAAAUGUUUCAAGACUUUAAUUAUUUUUCUGAAGUGCUGCAUUGUCUCCAGUUCACUCUUGUGAUGUAAAGUUUUAUAUACACUGGUUAGGUUAG